AUGCUGAUCACAAUGAUCUCCUCCCUCCAGCGCCAGACAAUGAGAGAUCCUAGGCUGAGGGGGGCUCGGUCCUAUCCCCUCUUCGUGCUACUGUUGGCCCUCCAGAUCCUGGCGGUGGCCGGCCUGGUGCGUGCCCAGACCUGCCCCUCGGUCUGCUCCUGCAGCAACCAGUUCAGCAAGGUGAUCUGCACCCGCCGGAGCCUGCGCGAUGUCCCCGACGGCAUCUCAACCAACACACGUUACCUGAACCUGCAGGACAACCUCAUCCAGGUGAUCAAGGUGGACAGCUUCAAGCAUCUACGGCACCUGGAAAUCCUGCAGCUGAGCAAGAACCACAUCCGCAACAUCGAGAUUGGCGCCUUCAACGGCCUGGCCAGUCUCAACACCCUGGAGCUGUUCGACAACCGUCUCACCACCAUCCCCAAUGGGGCGUUCGAGUACCUCUCCAAGCUCAAGGAGCUGUGGCUGAGGAACAACCCCAUUGAGAGCAUCCCGUCGUACGCCUUCAACCGGGUCCCCUCGCUGCGAAGACUGGACCUUGGAGAGCUCAAGCGGCUCUCCUACAUCUCAGAUGGAGCCUUCCAGGACCUCAGCAACCUGCGCUACCUGAACCUGGGCAUGUGCAACCUCAAGGAGAUCCCCAACAUCCUACCCUUGGUCAGGCUGGAGGAGCUAGAGAUGUCAGGGAACCAGAUCUCUGUCAUAGGGCCUGGCUCUUUCGCAGGGCUGGCGAACUUGCAGAAGUUGUGGAUGAUGCACGCUCAGAUCCAGACCAUCGAGAGGAACUCCUUUGACGACCUCCAGUCCCUGGUGGAGCUCAACCUGGCCCACAACAACCUCACCCUGCUGCCCCAUGACCUGUUCACCCCCCUGCACCGCCUGGAGAGAGUCCAUCUGCACCAUAACCCCUGGAACUGUAACUGUGACAUCCUGUGGCUUAGCUGGUGGCUGAAGGAGACAGUGCCUGCCAACACCAGCUGCUGUGCCCGCUGCCACACCCCAGCCAGCUACAGGGGUCGCUACAUCGGCGAGCUAGAGCACAGCUACUUCCAGUGCGACGUGCCUGUCAUCGUGGAGCCGCCGGCGGACCGCAACGUCACAGAGGGCAUGGCGGCUGAGCUCAAGUGCAGAACGAGCUCGUUGACCUCGGUCAGCUGGCUCACCCCCAAUGGGUCGCUGGUGACCCACGGGGCGUACAAGGUGCGCCUGGCCGUCCUCAACGACGGGACGUUGAACUUCACCACCGUCACCAUGCAGGACACGGGGACUUACACCUGCAUGGUGAGCAACACGGCGGGAAACAUCUCUGCCUCUGCCGUGCUCAACGUCACCUCGGUGGAGAACAGCGGCGUCACCUACUUCACCACAGUCACCGUGGAGACCACAGAGACAGUCGACGACAGCCAGACUCCUGCUCUUCCACCGAUUGGCUGGGUAUCAUCUUCGACCACCAGGGGACCUCCAGUCCAGACCAGGACCACAGAGCGGACCUACACCGUCUCUGUUCUGGACCUGGAGGGGGACCGCGGCUUGGAGGAAGUGAUGAAGACCACCAAGAUCAUCAUCGGCUGCUUCGUGGCCAUCACGCUCAUGGCGGCCGUCUUGCUGGUCAUUUUCUACAAGAUGAGGAAGCAGAACCACCAGCAGGACCCCGAUGGCCCCGCCUCCUCCAUGGAGGUCAUCACAGUGGAGGAGGAGCUUGCCGGUGUCGCUGCCAUGGAGACCCACUUACACCUGCCCCCAUUGGAGCAUUACAACCAUUACAACACUUACAGGAGCACCUACCACCACUCCCACACACAGGAACCUUUACUGAUUCAAGCCAGCUCAAAAGACAAUGUGCAAGAGACCCAAAUUUGA